AUGUUUCCGGCGCGGCAAGAAGUUGGCCCCGCGGCGGCGGCGGCGUUCCAAUACGCGGCGGCAACCUGUUACCCGACCAGCUGCUCGCCGCCCCCGCAGUACGCCGGCUUCGGAACCGCCGUGCACGGAGGCCUGGUAGACGCCGUCGACUGGACCGGGGGUGGCGGUUACCGUUACGACGACUGGGCCGCGCUUCAGCAGCAGCAGCAGCCACAGCCGCAGAGUCUGUACGGAGGCUACGCGGUGGUUCCCGAACCGCCAACCACGAGCCCGGACUCCGGCCUGGCCCCGUCGGACCUUAGCGGCGGCACGCCUUCGCCGGGACUCGUGCAGCCGGUGUCCCGGCCCGCGCCGGCGAGGUCGCCCUACGAGUGGAUGAUGAAGCCAUCGUACCAGGUGCAGCCGAACCCCGCCACUUGCUGUGCCUUCAACACCGUCUGUGUUGCCAUCCCGCUAUUGGACGAAGCGGGCAAAACUCGGACCAAGGACAAGUACCGCGUUGUGUACAGCGACCACCAGCGGCUGGAGCUGGAGAAAGAGUUCCACUACAGUCGCUACAUCACCAUCCGGCGCAAGGCGGAACUGGCAUCAAUGCUGGGCCUAAGCGAGCGGCAGGUCAAGAUCUGGUUCCAGAACCGGCGCGCCAAGGAUCGCAAGCAGGCCAAGAAACAGGAGGAGAUGCUGCACCGAGAGCUGGUCAAGGCAGAGCCCGUUCCUACCGCCACGCUGCCGCCUUUCUCAGCAGCGGCGGCGCCUACCGAUGGUUACUCAUAGUGACACGCACACUCGUGGAUACACUUCUCUCUCUCUCCGCCGCGGGCGGCCGUCGUCAACGUACGGUUACGUAUGAGGGCCGCUAGGGGAGAAAUCUGGCGCUAGUGUACGUACGGGUUUUCUGACGUCGCAUUUCUAUAGGCCACCUGGGAGUUAGUUAUGGGAAUUAUGGUUUCAAAAUGCAUGGCUUGCCCUCGCCAUGCAUCCAAGCUGACAGAGAAGUGGUUGUUCACAGGGCUGGAAAACACGAUGUUCACUGAAGAGCGGAGACUGGGGCGUAGACGAGUAAGCGCUUUCUCUAAACGUAAAUUCGUUGCUACGAGGGAGGAUACAUUGCCCUGGUAUCAGUUUAUGCGGCCUUUAGCUUUAUCAAGGGAAUUCAACUGGAUUCCGUAAAUUCCCAGAAGUUAGCCGGGUGUUGUUACGUCACGUAUUCAAGUGUUUCGAACGUUGAUUUAUUGUGGAUUCUAUGUCAAGCCGAUAGCCAUGGCUACCGUGGCGGCUGCCAUGACGGUCACGGCUACCAUGACGAGUGGACAGCUGCUUCGCCAGAUUCCUCUCCAAGCAGUACGAAGCUGUACGGUUCUCGACAGACGCGCAGGCCAACGGGGCUCAUCGUGCAAUGGACAAUAUGCGCGCCUUUCAGAUGGCGCUGCAUGCCGCCGACAGCGGGACACUUAUUCUGUGCAUGGACAAAUGGUGCCACUGUCUAAGUUGAUGCGUGUGUUUACGGACCACAUGAUGGCCAUUUGCGACCUCCAAGCACUGUUUCUUUACAUGGGACAGUGUACAACCGACAGUGCGCGAACCUGUGCCUCAGGAAGAGGCCGUGCUGUGCGCAGUUUUAUCGGGUAAUGACAUUUUUUGUUUGUUUUCGAUGUUUGUGAAACUAAAUGAAGUUCGCACUCAUUA